AUGUCUCUCCCUAAUGUGUGGCACUUACGCCGCGUGGCGGACAGCUCCGCCAAGGCAUGCUACAUCUGCUAUAAACCGUCUACAAGCGUGUUGAUUACGCCUGACAAUAAAGAUUUCUUCUAUGUUUGUCCUGCACAUUUGAAGGACCGGGGGUUCUGCUCUCCUAUUGUCGACUCGGAAAAGGAGGCGGCAAAGAAGAAGGAAGAGGCACUAGCACUCGAGAUCGAAAAGGUGAAGAAAGAGUAUGAGGAAAAGCAGCGAAGGAAGAAAGAAAAAGAAGACAAGGAAAAGAAGAAUGAUAAAGGGGAAGACGGUAAAGAUAAAAAGAAAAAGGAGGAAUCAGAUGAUGCAGAGAAAGAGAAAAAUGAGAAGAUCGACGCCAUCAAAAAAGCGGCAACUGAAUCCAAACCGGACGAUACUCCACGUGUUUUCUCCCUCCACAAGAACUUUUAUCAGAUGCGAGUUGACAGGCUCCGCAACAUCGAGCUUGCAAAAAGGAACCGUGAGCGGCUGAGGGAUUCGGCACUCUUCCCAUCCGUCCCGACUGGAGAACCCUGA